UUGGAAUUGGGCCCAGGGUUCUGCUGAUUGGUUGAGGCUACGUGAGGUCAGCCAGGUGUAGAUAAUUUGGUGUAGAUAAAGUCCCAUUUAAAAACUCCAUAAUGUUCACAAGGUAGACUGCUAGACUAUCAAUCACCUUUUUCAGAAAAAAAAAUAUUCAGGGAAGACGUCACAUACCUGUAGCGGUAAAUGGAAGUUGUUUCUUUGGUGACGGUAGGAUGCAACAAGCAUGAAUACCUGUUAAGUUCAACGUCGCAUGAGGAGUACUCGGAUGACGAGAUCUCAACCAAGAAAGAGAUGCACUGGAGACUUGGCCCAGAGAACCACGACGAUACUGUCCUGUAUGACUUUGAGAUGGCCUGUGAUGCCCAGGAGGAGAUACUGGUGGCGGUGGAAUUCAUCACCCAUGAUGCCCUGUCGAGAUCAAUAUCACACGAGGAGUACUCCGACGAUGAGAUAUCAACCAAGAAGGCGAUGCAUUGGAGACUUGGCCCAGCGGAUCACUAUGAUACUAUUCCCUACACGGGCAACUUGAACCGUAGUGUUGCUGUUCGCUUUGACUUUGAUAAUACUGUUCUGUAUGACUUUGACAUGGACCGUGAUACCCAGGAGGAGAUGGUGAAGUCUGCCGAUGAAGUGUCCUGUCGAACACACAGAUUCAGGUUUUGUAGUCUGGAUAGACCCUCUAUUGGCUGAUUGUGGGGUGUGUGUUGUGGCUUUUUUUUAAAAUAUUUUUUUAAAUAUGUAAUGUCUAAAUAUCUUUAUGAAUUAAUAAAAUGGAUUAUUAUUAUU